AUAUAGGUUAUGCUGAGUGUUCCCGUGAGCUUUUACACCUACAUUUGUUUAUUUAUGGAAAUCAAUGUCGCUGGUUUGUGUGUGUUACCGCCUAAAAAUAGAAGGAAUGAGGGCUCGCGCUGUGUGACCGCUGAUGCUCUUCCUCCACCGCGAACACACGCAGAAAUAUUCACGACUGGAGUCCGACCACGAGUCACGACGCAGCUUUUAACCAAAUAAGAAAAAAAAAGUUUGACCCUGGUGGGAACCGUGAGGAGGAGCGGCUUCGGUACCGGGAUCCGGCCUCGGUGCCAGUUUUUUUGCUCAGUCAGGGAAUUCCGGUGACGUCACGUACGUACGCCUCCGUGCGUAAGUCCCUUUAAGUUUUAUAAGCAGCAGCUGCUGCUGGAGAGCAAACAGAGCAGCGCGAGCGGCGCCGACACCGAGCCGAAUACUAGCUUAAAUUAACAGGCUGAAAACUAUAAAAUAUAAAAAAAGAAAAGGCAUUUUGUGGCGGGAAAAAAAGUCCAUCUGAACGAUUUUUAUUUUUAUUUUUUGGGAGUCGAGGCGAGGAUUUACUUCAGGGCUCUCUCUCCGUCUCAUUCAGCCGGUCGGGGGACAUUUCUGUGCGGACUCUGAGUUCUCAGCUUUGCAGAGACACUGAAGGCAACAGCAGCGUUCAAGUACCCGGAGACUUAUUUUUAAAAAUCCUUGGAUUUUUUUUCUCUUCUUCUUUCUUUUCCUUUCGGGAGAAUGCAAAGCUUUUAACUGGACUGAGGAGACCCCAGAGAUAUGAUUGGCAGCUGAAGCAGAGUCGGUGAAUCGAUACCCCCGGUGCUUCUCUGACAGGUUCAUCUUCUUGGUGCAGACCACCGUCUCCGUGUCGGAGUGAGGCCCUCUCUCUGCUGCGGUGGAGGGCGUCACGCACCCCGUCAGUCCGGCUGAAUGCAUCACGCAGUGGAGCAGUUGAGCGGGCGAGGCACACGGGAAUCCUUCCCUCUGGACGGACUCAACCGGGGGCCAUGGCCUCCCGUGGGCGGCCGCGCCUGGCAGCCACCUGCCAGGUGUUCACCCGUCAUGAACCAACACCAGCUCCUCCCCCAUCUACCUCCAGGACCUCUGAGUGGGCUAAACCAUCACAGUAGAUAUUUAAGCAACGGGCCGAUGAGAGGCGAAAAGCUGGAGCUACCGCAGGCGAUGCUCCCAGGAAUGCAGCGGGAGCCGCAGAGAGCCCCGCCCCCUCUCCUUCAUCCCCCGCCUCCUCACCGAGGCUGGGAGCAGCUCGGCCAGCUCUACGACUCCCACCUUCCUCCUCAAGGCCACCCCAUCCUGUCUCUGCCCAGCGAGCACCCGCUGCGCCUCCACGGCGGAGGCUUCGUUGGCGGCGGCGGCGGCGGCGGACCUCCCCCGAACUCGAACCUUCAUCUCAGCAGACCGAGCCCCCCGAUGAAGUUGGGGGGUCCUCAGGAGCAGCACGUCCCCCGGGGUCCGCCCUUGCUGGGAGAUGAGAUGUGGGCUCAGGUGCAGCAGCAGAGGGGCUAUUCAGGGAAAUUGCUGGGGGGUCAGCUGAAGAGACCGGGGCCUCCUCUGGGCGAGCACUCUGUCAUCCAGCACACCCCCCUGCCGCCACUGCACACGCCCUCCCGCCUGGCGGCCGACGAGUCCCCCGGCCCCAGCAAGAGGAAGAAGAGUUCGGAUCUGGCGCCACAUCCGGCGCCGCAGCGUUACACUGGCCAGUCGGCGCCGUCUCAGCAGCAUUCCUCCGCUCACCAUCUCCCCUCGAAACCGGCCUUCUGGAACCCCCUUCACAAGGACGGCGGCGUUCCUUGGCCGACGUCGGAACUCAAGAACCAGCAGGCGCACGUCUUUCAGGAACACAAACGAGGGAUGGGCAGCUACCCCCCUAAGUCCUCCCCUCCCGCCUCCAGCCACAUGAAUUCCUCGCCGAGAAGCUUCAACACGGCGGGAUGUCCUCCUCCUCUUGCUCAGUUCCAGAAGGACGCGCUACAAUCUCAGGCCGCAAACCAUUCCUCCCCCCGCUCGUCCUACCAGAGUCCCAAACUGGAUCCCGCCACGCAGUCCAUGGAGCCGCACGGCGUCCACACCCAGAGAGGGGGUGGCGGCCAAACGGCGUCCACUCCAACCAGGGGGGACGGAGAGCGCCACCUAAAAGUCCAUUCGUCACCAGCAAACGCUGCUGCGACCAGCAGCAAGAAUAGCAGCAGCGGCGGCGUGCCUUACAGCCAUUUCAGGCCUCACCCAGGGCUGGGGCACCAGGGCCCUCCUGCCAGCAGCACCUCAGUACCUCAGCAGCAGCACAGUGACCCCCACGAGGCCUGGAGAUACCCCAGCGGUCACUCCCUGGAGUCGGCCGUCUUCAGACCUCCAGGUGUGCUACCUCAGCGCCAGCAGAGCCACAAUCAAGUCGCGGACGCUCGACUUUCAGAAGUCGGCCCCCCGUCGCCUCCAGCCGCCUCCACACGGACCCCCGUCAUUACGCCCAACUCUUCCCGCUCCUCCUGCGCCGUUGGCCACUACAACGGCGCCGUGAGCACGCCCCCCUCUGCCGGUGGCUUUGGGAACGUCGGCGGCUGGCAGAGGGCGGUGGAGGCGCUGCCUCGGAACUCCAUGGGGGCCGGCGUCAAACCUCAGGCGGACGCUCCCAUGCAGUCGGCGUGUCAAAGAGGCCAAGCUCCUCCCACCAGCAAACCCCAUCAGCAGGGAUCCCCAAAAGCCCCGCCUCCAAAGGGCAAGAUGUCAUACUAUCCUCAGGCAGGGCAGGUGCCUCCUCUUCCUCCUCCUCCGCAGUUUUCUUCAUUUUCCUUGUUCUCCUCGGGCCACCAGAGGGCAGGAGAGAGCGUGAUUACGAGCAGGGCAUCGAACCCUCCCCCGGCGUACGGCCCCUCCAUCAGCUGUUCCCUGGAGCCCCCCAAGCCGGACUCCUCUUCCUCUCAGAUGUUCUCUGCUCCUAAAUGCGUCCCCCAGUCUAUCGAGGAGGCGCUGGACAAGCUAGAUGCAGAGCUGGAGGGACACAUGCAGGCGGAGGAGAGGAGGAGAAAGGAGAGAGAGGAGCAGGAGAGAAAACAAAAGGAGAAGGAGCAGCAAAGGAGAGAGUGGGAGAUUAGAAAUAAGAUGGAAGAGGAGAGGAAGAAGAAGGAGCAGCAGGAGGAGGAGGAGAGGAAAAAGAGAGAAAUUGAGAGAAGGAAAGCAUGGGAGAUGCAGCAGGAGGAGGAAAGGAGGAGGAGAGAACUGGAGAGAUUAGAAAAAGCCAGGCAAGAGGAGAGGAAUGAGCGGGAAAGAAAGAGGAGGGAAUGGGAGAAGCAAGAGGAGGAGAAGAGAGAACUGCAGAGAUUAGAAAGAGAAAAACAAGAGAAGAGGAAAAGGAUGGAGGAGGAGGAGAGAAGGAGGAAAGAGGAGGAAGAAAGAAGAAAAGAGGAGAAAAGGAUGAGAGAGAAGGAGCAGGCGUCUAUUGAAAGCCUUGAAAGGCUGCUGGCGCCCCCACCUCCUCCCCUCUCGUCCCUUGUUUCUGCACCUCCUUCGGGUCCCCCACCCCCCAGCUCCCGGUCCUCCCCUCCUUAUCCCUGGCUCAGCCGGGGCGGCGUGCUCCCCAAUCCCCCCAGCACCGCCGAGAGGCUCCGCCCCCCUCCCUUGACACCUCAGACGGAGUACGCCCGGGAGAAGCAGCGGCAGAGGGAGCUGUGGAGCGGCGGGAGCGCUUUCACCUCCUCAACCCUCAGCACCUCAGGGACCAACCAGCCGGCGUUCCCCGGGAAACGCCCGGCGAUGCAAGCGGCCCCCAACCAACCCAAAGAGUCAGUCCCAACGCCAGCACUUAGAGAGCCCCCCAAGCUCCACCAGGGCUUCACCCGAGAAGCCCCGCCCCCUCUGUCCCUGAUCCCCUCCGCGCACAAGCAGGCGAAGGAGAACGACACGGGCGCCGACAUGGACGGCGCGCAGUUCGAGGAGGAGCCCUCCACCAUGCUCCCCGACGGCCUGGCCAACAUCAUGGCCAUGCUGGACGAAUCCAUCCAGAAGGAGGAGGAGAUGUUCAGCGGUGGGAGGAGCUUCGUUCCGGCCGCAGAGCCAGUCAAGAGCUACCUGUGCGCCCCGGAUCUGAUCCCAGCGAUGAAGAGUCAGCCCCACCCAGAGGACUGUGGCUCCAAUGCCAGCCCCCCCGUGCUCAGCCGCCAGGGCUCCCUGGCCUCCCCCUGCAGCAGAACGUCCUCCCUCAACGAGGAGGAGGACGACUACGUCAAAGCUCCUCCCGUCGCUCCUCCAAGCACCAAGCCCGCCGUGGAUGUGGUGAUGGGAGCACGGAACACCAACUACCGCCACAGCGACCUGGCGAAGCUCUACGGCCUUCCCGAGCGGACGAAGAGCGAGGCAGAGGAGGACUCGGAGGACUCGGAGGCUCCGUCCUGUUCUCCGCCGCCGCAAAGGCCGCACCUCCACCAGACGGGGGUCAACAGCAUGUUCAAGUCGCUGGCGAACAUGGAGAACCAGCGGUACGCCUACCGCGGCGGGCCUUUCGGGAGACCUCCCCCAUCAGCCCUGCUUGGUGUGAAAUACUCCUCCUCGCUGUCUUUGGGCCCCGACAUCUGCCGCCAGCAGCAAGGAGGCUCCCCCACAUCCGACUCCACCAACCCUCCCUUCAGUCCCGCCGUCCCGCCCCAGAGAAGCUCGCCAUCGUCAGAGGAAGACGUCAAGGUGAAAAUGGAGGACAGCGACGGAGAGAUGGAGGACUCCGUCGAAAAAAGGAGCAUCCCGCCCAUAAAGGUGAUCAAGGAGGAGCACGGGCUGACCACCAUCUCCGAGUCUUCCCUGAAAGAUUUGGGGCGGAGUUGCGAGGCCAUCCUCAGCCGCGAGGCGCUGGAGAAGGUCGACAGGCACGGCAAAACCGAGGACUGGUUCAAGUCCGAGAAGGUCAAGGAGCACAAAGACCGGGAGAAGAGGAGGAAGCACGGCCACGGCAGCAGGAAGCGCGAGGACAAAAAGGAGAAGAAGAAGCACAGGGACAAGGGAGACUCCUCCUCUUCGUCGCCUUCGUCCUCCCACUCCAGCCACAAGAGGCACAAGGAGCGAAGAAGCCAUAGAGAGAAGAAGGACCGCAUGAUCCUCGGAGACUCCUCUCACCAAAAGCGGGAGGCGGAGAAGCACAGAACUCACCAGGAGUCGGACAAGAAGAAACGCAAAGAUGCGUCCGGCAGCAGCUCCACCAGUGAAGGCGAGCAGACUGAGUGGAGCUCACGCCGGCGGGACCGCUCCUCCGAGCAGAAGACCGCUCAAGACUCCUCGUUCGGUUCCACCGACUUCCUAAAGCUGAAGGCGCUGUCGGACGGCCCGCCAAAGGAGCUGAAGAUCCGCCUGAUCAAAGUGGAGAGCGGGGACCGGGAGACCUUCAUCGCCUCCGAGGUGGAGGAGAAAAGGAUCCCCCUGAAGGAGAUCAGCAUCAAGAACUCCGCCAGCGAAAUCAUCCGCUCCUGCAGGACGGCCCGGGUCAAAGGGAAGUUCAGGGAGUCGUACCUGCUCCCGGCCUUCUCCGUCAAACCCAGCAUGGAUCCCAUUCCAAGGGAGAAGCUCAACCCCCCGACGCCCAGCAUCUAUCUGGAAAGCAAGAGGGACGCCUUCUCCCCGGUGCUGCUGCAGUUCUGUACGGAUUCCAAGAAUCCCGUUACGGUCAUCAGAGGACUGGCUGGAUCUCUUCGACUCAACUUGGGGCUGUUUUCUACCAAGUCUCUGGUGGAGGCAAACGCAGACCAGGCGGUGGAGGUGCGGACUCAGGUGCAGCAGCCCGCCGACGAGAACUGGGACCCCAGCGGCACGGGGCAGACGUGGCCCUGCGAGAGCAGCCGCUCCUACACCACCAUCGCCAAGUACGCCCAGUACCAGGCCUCCAGCUUCCAGGAGAGCCUGCAGGAGGAAAAAGGCAGCGACGAGGAGGAGGAAGACGAGGACGUGAAGAAGUCCUUGCCCUCCAGUGUGGACGCCAACAAAGACUCCUCCAAGGAGGGCAGCAAUGGUGAGCAGAAAGCUGUGGGGAAGAUCAUCAAAUUUGGUACCAAUAUAGAUCUCUCUGAUCCCAAGAGGUGGAAGCCUCAGCUGCAGGAGCUGCAGAAGCUCCCGGCGUUCAUGCGCGUGGCGUCCAGCGGGAACAUGCUGAGCCACGUGGGACACACCAUCCUCGGCAUGAACACGGUGCAGCUCUACAUGAAGGUUCCCGGGAGCCGGACGCCGGGUCACCAGGAGAACAAUAAUUUCUGCUCGGUGAACAUCAACAUCGGCCCGGGCGACUGUGAAUGGUUCUGUGUGCAUGAGAACUACUGGGAGGCCAUCAACGACUUCUGUGAAAAGCAUGGCGUGGACUACCUGACGGGGUCCUGGUGGCCGGUGUUGGAGGACCUCUACAACGCCAACAUCCCCGUGUACCGCUUCAUCCAGCGGCCCGGAGACCUGGUAUGGAUCAACGCCGGCACCGUCCACUGGGUCCAAGCCGUGGGAUGGUGCAACAACAUCGCCUGGAACGUCGGGCCUCUGAACGCUUACCAGUACCAGGUGGCGCUGGAGAGGUUUGAGUGGAACGAGGUGAAGAAGGUCAAGUCCAUCGUUCCCAUGAUUCACGUGUCCUGGAACGUGGCCCACACUCUGAAAGUCACAGACCCCGACACGUACAAGAUGAUCAAACACUGCCUGCUGCAGUCCAUGAAACACAUCCAGAUCCUGAGGGACCAGCUGGUGGCCGAGGGCAAAAAGAUCUCCUACCAGAGUCGGGUGAAGGACGAGCCCGCCUACUACUGCAACGAGUGUGACGUGGAGGUGUUCGACUUGCUGUUUGUGACGUGUGAGAGCAGCAGCAGGAAGACGUACGUGGUUCACUGUGAGGACUGCGCCCGGCAGCGCAGCCCCAACCUCACCAACGUGGUGGUGCUGGAGCAGUACCGCGUGGAGGAGCUCAUGAGCAUCUACGACUCCUUCAACCUGGCCGCUCCCGCCCGGUGACAGAGCUCCUCCUCUGCGUCUCCUCAGCCAAAACCAAAACUCCCGCGUGCCGGGACAACGCGUUUCUUCUUUUCAAUUUGAGCGUUUCAUUGACUCUGGUUGGUUUUUUUUGCUCCUGCUGUGACUCUCCGAGCAGCCGGUUGUUUACUCGUUACUGUUUACAAAAAGAGUCACCAAUAAAAAGUCCCAGUUUACUCUCAGAUGGUGCUUGGAAGCGGAAACCGCGGCUGGUGCUGCCCUGGAGCAAAGCGCGGACGCCGGUUUCAGUCCGAACUUUGUACUCGCUGUUUGAACUCUCUGUGGGGUGCUGUCAUUUUGAAAAAUAAUAAUUUAUUGUUACUUUCUUUGUCUUGUUUUUCUCAAAACUAGAUCCUCCUAGAUAUAUACCACAUUGGCCUUGUAUUUAGAAAUAAGAGAAAAUGAAAAUACUAACAAUAGAGUUAUGAACAUUUUUCUAAAGCAUUAAGAUUUAAAAAAAAAAUAAAAAUACAGUUUGGAAUGCUUCAAAAAAUACGGGUUUUUAGAUGUUUUGUUUUUUUAUUGGGGGAUUUAUUCGUUUUUCUGAAGCUGUAAAUCUUGUUUUUAUGAAUCAUAAUCUUAUAUCUUCUGGAGAUUUAAUAUUCAGCUGUCACACAUUUCAUUUCUUUCUUUUUUUGUUGUAUUUUUAAAGAAAAAAAAGAUCCAUCUGGUGUGUUUUUUAUUCCGAUAUUACAGAUUUUUGGGGGCUUUUUCGCCGUUGUACAUUUAAUUUAAGAUGUUUCCUCUAUUUAUUGGGCAUGGACGUUCACCCUGUUGUACAUUUUUGCUGGUUUUGUUCUCACCGUGACUGAUUAGCUCUGAACGAACGGAACGCCGCCGUGUUCCUGGUGCUCGCCUCUCCACUCCUGCCUCUUUUUUUUUAAAUUUCCUCCUCGUAUGUAAAAUCAAAUCUUUAUCUUGAAAAUAACACACCUUUUCCUGUAGACGAUAGACACACUACUCGCGUAGAGAAGAUGACUAAUGGAAUGCUGUUUGUAUGCUCAUUAAGGAGAAAAAGUGUUUUUGUGUUCAGGAAUUUUAGAUGAGAUUUUUUAUAUCUGUUGAUCAUGGGCUAGAUGGUGCUAAUUGUUCUCUUUGAACAAACCUUUUCGGGGUUAUUUUUUAUUUUUCUUUUGAAAUGAGAAUUCUAUUUUUCCUGUUGCAAUAUUCCGAGUUUCCUUCUCUUUGUGGUCGUUUAUUUAUAACUGCACUGUUUAUAGAGUUCACACCGACAUCCCUGCAGACACACACCAAACUGAGCCAGACAUGUCUUAAACACUUGUGAAUUUCUGUGACAUUACUAUUAAUAAACGCUUUUGCUAAAUCCA